UUAGUUUAUGCUUAUCCAUGUUUUUUCCCCUUCAUCUCGCCUUGAAAUCAAAGAUGCUCUUCACUCACCGAUGUCACGGACACCAAAUCUCAUUGAAAUUAAUCUAUGAUUUGUGUCUUUCAAAUGCCAUAUAAGGCCAUUUGCUGCAGAGCAAAUUCACUACAGGCAAUCGUUGAAGCUUCUCUGAUAGUAUUGAGCUAAUUUGAAUUUGUCAAGGUCAAGAGAUCGAAUCUCACUCUGUUUACUAUGGCUCCCAUUGCUGUUGGCGACAAGAUUCCAGAUGGAACCCUCGGCUACUUUGAUGCAGAGGACAACCUUCAGCAAGUGUCUAUUCACUCUCUUGCUGCAGGCAAAAAGGUUAUUCUUUUCGGUGUGCCUGGCGCCUUCACUCCUACCUGCAGCUUAAAACAUGUUCCAAGCUUUACUGAGAAGGCUCAAGAGUUGAAGACCAAAGGAAUAGAAGAAAUUAUAUGCAUAAGUGUGAACGAUCCAUUUGUGAUGAAAGAAUGGGCAAAGACAUUCCCAGGAAACAAGGAGGUCAAGUUCCUUGCAGAUGGCUCUGCCAAGUAUACUUAUGCAUUAGGUUUGGAAUUGGAUUUGACAAGCAUGGGAUUAGGUAUUCGAUCUAGAAGGUUUGCUUUGGUUGCUGACAACCUUGAAGUGAAGGUUGCAAAUCUAGAAGAAGGUGGCGAUUUCACUGUUUCGAGUGCAGAAGACAUUCUCAAAUAUUUAGAUGCUUAAAGUGAUAUAGUUUACAUGUCAUUUUAUUAAUAUUUUAGAGUAAUCUUAUUAUUAAUAUUUGGAAUAAUAAACUUAUUAUUACUAGAAUGCUAGGAAUAUAUUAUUUUAUAUAAAUAUAUAUAUGAAAUUUUAAUUUUA